GUUGACUUAGUGCACCAUAGUUUGAUAUCAAAACAACCUAAUCAAGAAAUAAAUUAGAAGGCAGAUAGAAUGAGCUACAUGGCCCAUGAUCUAUACUCCAAACAGCUUGUGAAAGUUCUGUUAAAGUUGUGCGAUUUCAGGAUGGAAUGAAAGUUGGAGGUGCACUUUGCGGAUUAAAAUUCAAUAGGGUGCAAUACCCGGGCAAAAAAAAGUUCAGAGUGCAGUUUGGGGGUUUGGCCCAUUUUCAUUUCCCCUUGUUCUUGAUUCCACUUUAUUUAUCCGCCCCCUUUCGUCCUCUUCUCAGGGGAAGGCUGGUCCCCCGCCAAGAUUAGCAACAUUGGAUCACUGCAUUCCCGCCGGCGGCGACGCCAUCUGUCCACCGCAUUGCCUUUUUCUUUUUAGGGGGUUUGUGGGUUUUGGACACAAUUCCUCCUUUGACCCGAUUUCCUCCAUAAACCUCAAAUUAAACCCCUCGUUGUUUAAAACGAUUUUCUCUUCCAAGCAAAACAUGGACUCCCUCCUAUCCUUGCUCUCUCCGUUAACUCCAUAUCUGGUUACCCUUUUCGUUCUUCUCCUGUUGUUGGAGCAGAUCUCUUACUUGAGAAAGAAACGAAAUGCUCCUGGUCCUACCUUUGUUCUUCCCUUCUUGGGCAACGCCGUCUCAGUCGUCCGGGACCCCACAACGUUCUGGGACCUUCAAUCCAAGCUCGCCUCGCACUCUGGGUUUUCCGCCAAUUACAUAAUCGGAAGGUUCAUCCUCUUCAUCCGUGACACCAAACUCUCUCACCUCAUCUUCGCCAACGUCCGCCCCGACGCCUUCGAGCUGGUGGGUCAUCCUUUCGGGAAGAAACUAUUCGGGGAGCAUAAUUUGAUCUAUAUGUUCGGCCAAGAUCACAAGGAUCUCCGCCGUCAAAUCGCUCCGAAUUUCACUCCCAAAGCACUCGCUACCUACACCGCGCUGCAGCAGGUCAUCAUUCUCAAGCACUUGAUGCUGUGGGAGCGUCUCUCGUCGGAGUCGGCUCCGGAGCCCAUUGCUCUCCGGCUUCUGGUCCGCGAAAUGAAUCUGGAAACUUCCCAGACAGUGUUUAUCGGUAAGUAUCUGUCUCGCGAAGCUCGAGAUAGAUUCAGAGAGGAUUAUAACUUCUUCAACAAUGGACUGAUGAAGCUCCCAAUUGAUCUCCCCGGCUUCGCUUUCCGAAACGCCAGGCUCGCCGUUGACCGCCUUGUCACAACCCUAACUACUUGCGCAGCUCAGAGCAAAUCGAUAAUGGCGGAGGGAGAAGAGCCCUCAUGCUUAAUUGAUUUCUGGAUGCAGGAGCUUGUCAGAGAAAUCGCACAGUCCCAAACGCCGCCGCCACACUCCAGUGACACUGAAAUCAGCAGUUACCUCUUUGAUUUCCUCUUCGCCGCACAGGAUGCCUCCACGUCGUCGCUCCUCUGGGCAGUCACGCUCCUCUAUUCGCAUCCGGAGGUCCUUUGUAAAGUUCGAGAAGAAGUUUCGAGAAUAUGGUCACCAAAAUCCGAUCAAUUAAUCAACGCCGACCAACUGAGAGACAUGAAGUACACGCAGACGGUGGCGCGUGAGGUGGUGAGGUACAGGCCGCCGGCAACGCUAGUGCCGCACAUUGCGGCGGUGGACGUCCCGUUGACCGACUCUUACACUAUUCCCAAGGGAACGAUUGUGUUUCCCUGUGUCUACGACUCGUCGUUUCAAGGAUUCACCAAACCGGACCGGUUCGACCCGGAACGGUUCUCUGACGAGAGGCAGGAGGACGUGGCGUUCAAACGGAGCUUCCUGGCCUUCGGCGCUGGGGCCCACCAGUGUGUGGGCCAGCGGUACGCACUGAAUCACCUGGUCCUCUUCAUCGCGAUGUUUGCCACGUUGCUUGAUUUCAAGAGGCACGAGACAGACGGCUGUGAUAAGAUCAUGUACACCCCAACAAUCUGUCCCCAAGACGAGUGCAAAGUGUUCCUCUCUAGGCGGUGUGCACGGUAUCCUAACCUCUCUCUUGAAUGACGAAAAUGCCCUUGUUAUUUUUCGUUGGUGGGCCUGGGGGGGCUGAAAAGGAGUGGGCCUGUAACCGCCGGUGGGGGAUUUGUAGUACAGUUGUCAUCCACGUGCCCGACGGGUUGGUAAAACAAUGGAUUAGUUUUUCUCUUCUUUUAUUUAUUUUGUAAUUUUUUAUUUUUAAAAUUUUUCAGUGCAAGGGUGGGUGUGUAUAUAGAUUGUGGAGAUUUGGAUAAUUUAUUUGGCAAAGAAAAUGUGUGUGGAGAUAUUGAUUGGUGGAUAAUUGGGUUGGUGUUCGGGCAUCAAUAAAAAACAUUGUGUUUU